AUGAACUACGCGCAGAAAAACGAGGAGAAGGGCCCUAUAAGUUAUAUAACCAUGCUUUCAGCAAAUUUCUUCGAGCACGGCAUUAGACUUCCAGUUAGCCAAAGGAGGUUGUUCAUAAUAUUUUCAAAAGUUGGUGUUCACCGCCUAGUCGAUUACAUCUAGGACUAAAACGAAAUUUUUAAAAAAUAAAUUAUUGAUAAGUGAUGAUGAAAAUAUAUAUGCCGUUGCAAGGCCAAUUUUUUUCAAAGCAUCCCAACUCGCGUACUUCACAAAAUCAUUUUAUAUCGAUAACACGUCAACUUCGAAAUCACCUAAAUUGCUUUGAACAUGACAAUGAAGAAGAAAAUAAUGGAUGCAGAAAAAAAAAUGGGUGAAUUGCGAAAAAAAAAUCCUUGCUGUUGUGAUAGUUCUAUCUUUCGUUUGAUUUUUAAUAAAAAUUUACCAGGAACGUGUAGAUCUCGAUUGAAAAAAAGAUGUAGUAAAACAAGUAGAAAUGAGAAAAUGUGAUAAAAUUUGCAAAAAACAAAAUAAACCCUGAAGUGACCAGAGUUGAACGAAUUGGGGCGCGUUUUCCCUGUAUAUGAUAUUACCUCUUCUGACAAAAAAGUUCAUUUUACUUUGCGGUUGUGAUUUCAAUAGGUUCAUUGUGAGUUGGAUUACAUCUGAGCUCCUCUAAAAGUUGGUGGUGCUUUGAAAAAAAAUUCUCAGGCAUUGACGGCGUGACUACAAUUUUUCUAGCUUUUUAACUAAUUGAAAAGUUGUACAUUUUAUUUUUCUCGUCUCUGUUCUUUUUUUUCUCUUUGCGCUGCUCCACUUUAUAUAAAUUUGACUACACUAAAGAUUCUAAUACCAAACUUUCACUUGAGAAUUUUUUUCUCAUAGUUUUGUUCGACGCUGGUAAAUCGGGAGGAGAAUAUAUACAAGUAGUUUUACCGAAUAGCUAUUUCAAAGUCAAUAUAUGCUAUAAUCGGUGGUUUUUAUUUGGAACCAGUGUUUUUUCAAACGUAAAAAGACUAUCUAACGCUGAAAAAAAGGAAUAGACGGGAAGCAUACGCCGCCGGACUACACGAUAGCAACCGCAAGUGUCAGGUAGGAUAGCGAUAGUAUUCAGUGACCAUAGAGAUAGUACCUGGUAGCUAAUAAAUGACCAUAAAGAAACUUACGAGGCGUAUGUCACGCCUUAAAAGCAGCUACCCGGUAGUUACUUCAACAUAGGCAAAGUCGGAGAGGGUGGAAAACAGCUCCAUAGAAAUGUUCAUCUUAGGAUGAGAAAAGCUCCUCCUGAUCAGGAGCUCCUUUUUUGCUGCUUUUUUGCGCCAUCUCAUCGGCUCUUAUGCACUAUUUUUUGCUGUUUCUCCCCUUUUCCACCAUUUCUUGGGCCUUCGCAGAAAAAUUGGAAGGCUCGAUAAAGAGACUCUCUUUGCUGCCUUUCUGUGGCCUUUUUGAGCCUCUCCCUUUUAGCGGCCAUUUUCCACCAUUCCGACUCUAUCCUCCUUCCGAUCGACUUUGUUUUUUAUUUAUUUUCAAGUCUUCUGUCGUUUUUUUGGAAAUUUCAUAUUUUUUUAAUCAUAUUUUCUUAGUCUUAAAAAAAUGCGACAUUUCGAUUUCGAUUAAGAUAAUAAGCCAAGCAGUAGAGAUUUUUUUAAAAACGUCUUAUCCAGAUAAUUUUUGAAUUAAUAUUUUUUUAAUUGCCGUUGACUUUUUUUCAAUUAUUUAUCAAUAGCAGUGAAAUUUAUCAAUAGAAGUGAAUCAAUAGCAGAAAAUAAUUUCUCGAGCGCAAAAAGAAAACCUUUUUUGAUCCGACUAGUGAACUGAUAUAAAUAUCAACAGAGAGGGACUUCUCUCCAACCAUUUUACAUGGAAAUUGCAGAAUUUUUUUAUUUUUUUCAUUUUUUUGACAUAAUAAAGCUUUUUAAAUGACGUCUUAGUCCCAAGCGUGCGAGCCUCCAGUACCUAAGUCUAUUCAAAUAUCGGUAUUUAGUAUUACAGCAUGGCCAAACGUCGAUUCAAUCCGACCGGCAAUGAAGACCGGAUUCCGACGGUUGAAAAAAACUUUACAAGUAGGUCUCAAAGAGUUUUUUUGAAUAAUUAAAAUUGCAUUUUUUCAAUUUCCAUGUUUCAGAGAGAGUCAACCUUCGACUUUUUUGGGUGGCGGCUUCAUGGACGACGACGAUGUAGAGCAAGAAAAACGUGAUGAAUACGCCGAAAAAUUACAGAAAUGUUCUAUUUUUUUUUCCGUAAUCUGUUUUUAGUUCCAUAAGUUCAGGGAGAGAUACUCAUUCAAAUGAGCCCGCGCCAGAGAAUUGUACAAAAUGUGAUGGGCUCCUUAUGGAUAGUUGGUUGUGGGAACGUUUUUCGCACCCAGUCUGUGAGACAUGCCGGUAAAUGUCAAUUUUUUUUUUUGACCCGGCUCAAUUUUAGAGACGAGAAAAACGAACAUAAGCUACUGGCAAGAACAGACGUCAAAAAUCUUUACUUGUUGAAGGUUUUUUUAGUUUUCGAUUUUCAAGAAAAUUUUUCGGUUUUAAAAUAAAUUUAAAUAUUCUUCAUAGGACGCAGAUCUGGAUUUACGAAAGCCACCACUCCGAUAUUGGGCUAAGAAAAAUCCACAUAACCCGAGAUAUGGUGAUAUGAAGCUGUAUCUAAAGUGUCAGGUUGUUAUAAUGGAUGGUUGAACAAUUUCCCAUCAGGUCGAGAAGCGAAUGAUCGAAGUUCAUGGCAGUUGGGAGGAACUAGAGAUGAAGAAAGAAACGCGCGAACAGUUAAAAGAUGUUCGUUCUGAAAAGAGAUUUGAGAAGAAGCUUAAAGAUUUACGGCAACAGGUUCGUUUGUGUUCAAGAGCUUUUCAGCUCAGAACAAUGAGCCCUUCAGUUUUCUCUUGUGGAAGAAAAAAAAGAAGACUGCGAAAAAAAAAAAACUUAUUUCGGCAUAUGUUUUGAAUGCAUUUUCAGAAUUUAUUUUUCAGAUACGAGGUUCAUCUAAUAAAAAAGUCGAAACGAUGAAGGCUCAUGAUCAUGUCUUCGGAGCCGAAAAAGAGCUGUCGAAUGGUGACUGGGAACACUCGUGUCAAGAGUGCGGAUUCAAAGAAACUUUUGAAAAACUGUAA